UUAAUGAUAAAGGUGAAGAAGUUCAAGUUUGCAAAGUUGUAGAUGAAAACAGUAUAAAAUAUAGUGCAAAAUACAAGAAUAUUAAAAGUUCAACAAGAAAUCUUAUUAUAUACCUUAGAAAUAUCCAUGAGAUCAUUUUACAGAAUGAAGUAGAAGUU